AUGAGUUAUUUUCAUGAGCCAUCCGAAGAGGUGGACAACGAUGCUGGUAUGCUGCUAAAUUUAAGUCAAAAGUCCAGUAUAUUUGUGGCUGAUCAGACCCCCACUCCGACAAGAUUAAUAAAAAAUUGUGAAGAAGUGGGUCUAUUCGAUGAUUUACGUAAUGUUAAUCCCUUUGAGGAAACAUUUAGGCGGGCAUGUGAACAAAAUACCCAACAUCCAAGAUCGACAAAUCAUACAUUUCAUGCCGAGGAGGAGUCUUUGCAUACGCCACAGGUGUUUCCACAAUUUGAUGUGGCCGUUGAGGGUGGUAUUAGUGCGGGAGAGGAUUUGAGUAAGCAUACAUUAAAUACACCCGUAGUGCUAGAUGUUGCCACAGUGGAUAAUAUGCUGGAAACUCCGGUAGCAGCAAAAUCUAGCAAACCAGAUGAUACUACAUCAUCCAGUGGUCACAAAUAUCGGGCCAUUGCAGAGAAGCCUGCGACGAGCAGCAGCAGUAGUCCUCAAAAUAAUAAUAAUGGAGCAUUAACAUUUCUACCAUCCGCCGUGCAAUUUAUACAACCCCAGAUGAUAACAGUUACCUUUCCCACAACCACUGCGGCAAAUAUAACUACCACGGAAGCUGACAACCAAAUCAGCAAAUCCAAUAAAAAAUCACAUCCAUUAAUAUUGCCUAAGUUAAAUACUUCAACUGCUACCAAAGAUUCAACGUCUUCAUCGGUGGUUACUUCAACGACAUCAACACCACAUCCCGAGCCGAGUAGUGCUAGUUUGACCCCAACAUCACAACUGCCGAUAAAAGAACGUCUGAAGGCCAUUUUGAAUCAAUCGAGUAAAUCAAAACCACCCGAAUGGCCUAGUAAUAAAUGUUCUUCAACAAUUACCCAACAGCGGACAGCGUCAUCGUCUACAUCAUCUAAUCGUAAACUUUCAUACAAAGAUGAUACCAUGGAGCGAAGGCGUGCGGCAUCUACGCGCUACCGCCAGAAAAUGAAGAAGCGUAACGCAGAUCUACAAAUGGAAAAUGAAAAACUAAAACAAAGGGUGAAACAGUUAGAAGCACAGGUGGCGAAACUACAAUCGACUGUUCUACAACCACUACAGGCUCCAACAACUACCACAGAUCUUGGUAUUCCUGCUCAAAUACAAAUUCCUGCCUCUACCAUACAUUUGGUAAUGAACAUCCCUAAAUUAGUGGUGCCUUAUGGUAGCAAUAUUAGCAAUACUCAAACAAUUUUAAAUAAUCCUAUUACUUAUCGUAUUGAUAAAAAUUAA